AUGGCCCGCCUCACGAUCGUUCAAGCCCUGCCGGCGCUUCUGGCCAUCGUCCAGACGGCAUCAAGCACGCCCCUGACUUUCUCAACAUUGUAUCCUCGCAACGAUUCUCAAAUUGUAUGGCCGACGGAAGUUUCUAGUCUGGUACACGACAAGACCUGGGCUGGCUUCGGCGAAAAGACGACACGUUGGUCUUCCUACAAGGCCCCUACCUUUGACGAAGUUUUCCUUCCCGAAACCGAGGAGCAGCUUUCCCUCGCUCUUGAAUAUAUGUCCGGUAACAACAUGACCUGGCUAGCCAAGUCUGGAGGUCACGGAUAUGCUCCGUCUCUCCACGCCAUCCAAGACGCCGUCUUGAUCAACUUGGAGAACUUCAACUACGUCAAGCUGCAAGGCGACAACACAGCUGUUGUGGGGACUGGUGUCCGUUUCAGCGAUCUCAUCGACACCGUAGCGGCCGCCGGACGAGAACUGAGCGCGAUGUUAGGCGGUGGCCUUGGACGUCUUCAGGGCCUGCACGGCUUGACUAGCGAUGCCCUCCGCAAGGUCCGCUUGGCUCUGUGGAACGGCACCAUUAUCGAGGCUUCCAAUAACGUCAACUCUGAUCUUUUCUGGGGAAUCAGGGGGUCGGGCCAAAACUACGGCAUCGUUAUCGAGUCGACGUACGAAACCUGGCCGGCGACGAACGGAGGAAAGCACUACAGUGCAGACCUCGUCUUCACCAAGGACUCCGUGCAACGGGUAAUGGAGAUCACCAAUGAGCUGACUGCGGAAGGUCUGGAUGAGAAGCUGGCCGUCCUCAUGUUCUUCGCAUUGGAUGCUACGACAUCUCAGAUCACCGUCAUCGUCAACCUAGUCUAUUCUGGACCGGAGGAAGAGGGCAGAAAGUACACCGAGCGUUUCUCUUCCUUCAGUGUCGAUCUCCAAGAGAACAUGCUGGGCUGGGAAGAGCUGCCCACGAAGACGGUCCACGGUCUCAUCCCGCAAUCCUGCGCGACUGGACCGCGAUACAACCUGCGCGCCCUCAACACCAAGGUCCUUAACCCGACCACCUGGGUCAACUUCACCGACGCGUUCGAGACUUUCCUGGUAGCAAACCCUCUCGCUGCCGGCUCGGCUAUGAUGAUCGAGACCUUCCCCGUGCAGGGAGUCAAGGCGCUUUCCGACGACUACUCGGCUUUCCCUCACCGUGACCACUUUGAGAACGUGAUUGAGUCAAUCGGCUCGUACACGGAUGACUCCGUUGCCGACGCUGUCAACAAUUUCUUCGCGGAGUGGCGCGAUAGGUUUGCUGAGCCCAGCUCUUCCGGCUACGACAAGCUCUACGUCUACCAGAACUAUGCCAACGAGGACGAGCCUCUGUCGGCUCUGUAUGGUUACGAUGAGUGGCGCCAUGAGCGUUUGACGGGAUUGAAGAACAAGUUCGAUCCUCAGGGCUUUUUCAAUGGAUAUCACCCUGUUCCUUCCAACGCGGCGGCCUGGAGCUAG